AUGGUGCUGGCAAAAUCCAAAAACUCCGUGGGGCUCGGCCAGAGCCUCAUGAACGAUCGCUUUGGCAAAGGAAAGGCGUCCAACAUGAAGAAGGCCUCCCAUAAUGCCGGAAUUGCUCGAAAAGAUAUGAACGGCGAAACUUACAUCACCAACUCCGCCAAGGAGGCGUCCUGGGUCAAGAUGCGCAGUAUCACAGAACAAGCCGCCCUCGACGAAUUCCUGACGACCGCCGAGUUGGCUGGUACCGAUUUCACUGCGGAAAAGAUGAACAACGUUCAAAUUAUCCAUACCGACCAGAAGAACCCAUACUUGCUUUCAGCUGCAGAAGAGCAGAGCACACUUCGGAAGCACAAGAAGAACAAAGGCCGACUGACGGUUCCGCGUCGCCCGCAGUGGGAUAAAAGCACCACCCGAAAUGAGCUCGAUGUUAUGGAACGUGACAACUUCAUGGACUGGCGUCGGGGUCUGGCUGAAUUACAGGAGAACCACGAUCUCCUGAUGACACCCUUUGAGCGAAAUAUCGAAGUCUGGCGUCAGUUGUGGCGAGUGAUUGAGCGUUCCGAUAUCGUUGUACAGAUUGUCGAUGCCCGGAAUCCCUUACUCUUCCGGUCCGAGGACCUUGAAAUCUAUGUGAAGGAACUCAGCCCACACAAGCGAAAUUUGUUACUUGUCAACAAGGCGGACCUGUUGACCGACAAGCAGCGUGAAACGUGGGCAGACUAUUUCGAGCGAAACCAGAUUGAUUUCCGUUUCUUCUCCGCGCAAAUGGCCAAGGAAGCCAAUGAGGCCCGCGAGAAUGAGGGUGGGAGCGAGGAUGAGGAUGAGACUGAGUCCUUGGCCGAGGGUGCGAAGGAUUUGGAUAUCCAGGACUCUGGCGAGAAAGAAGCGGACGGUGGCGUCGAGCUCUCCGGCAAGACAGCAGCCACCAUUUCCAAGCGAACUAAUAUUCUCGACGUGGACGAGUUAGAGGAGCUUUUCCUUUCAAAUGCGCCAGGUGAGACGGAAGAGGAGGAGCUCGAGGAGGAUGGUACUCCUAAGCAAAAGAAAACCAUUAUUGGUCUUGUCGGAUACCCCAACGUCGGAAAGUCCAGCACAAUCAACUCCCUUCUAGGAGCCAAGAAGGUUUCCGUCUCAGCAACACCCGGUAAAACCAAGCACUUCCAAACCCUCUACCUCUCCCCAGAGAUCAUGCUCUGCGAUUGCCCCGGUCUCGUCUUCCCCAACUUUGCCUCCACAAAGGCUGAGCUUGUCGUCAACGGUGUCCUUCCCAUCGACCAGCAGCGCGAGUUCACCGGGCCCGCCGGCCUCGUCGCCCAACGUAUUCCCAAACACUUUCUCGAGGAUGUCUACGGUGUAACAAUCAAAACUCGCCCAGUCGAGGAAGGCGGUACAGGUAUCCCAACUGCUCACGACAUCCUCCGCACCUACGCCCGUGCCCGCGGUUUCGCAACAACCGGCCAGGGCCAACCCGAUGAAUCGCGCGCCGCCCGCUACAUCCUCAAAGACUACGUCAACGGCAAGCUCCUCUACUGCCACCCACCACCAACAAACGAUGCCGAAGACGAAGAGCCCAUAGACGCGGACGAAUUCAACAAAGACCUCUACGACUGGGCUCACCUCCCACCGCGCCGUCGAGCAAUGCUCGAAGCAGCUCACCAGUCUUCAUCAGCGUCCACAUCCACGUCUAAAGCGCCUGUCCGGGGCACCAAGUCCCAAACAGUGGACAACGGUUUCUUCGGCAACGGAUCCGAGCCUAAUGGAGGCCGUCUGACAUUGCCCUUCAACUCCAAAUAUACCGAGCAAGGCCAGGCAAUCCGCAAACCCCUCACAGGGCGCAAGGAACGAACGAUGGUGGCGUUGGAGCGGGGCGUCGACGUAUCCGAGGUACGAGGUAACUCGAAGAAGCAUUUCAAGGUUAAGCAUAAGAAUCAGAAGAAGGGGAAGAAGACGGCGGAGGAUGAUGAUUUCUGA